AUGGUGUGUGGGUGGUUAAAACCUGGAACAGAGAAAAAGGGCGAUAGAGGGCCUCCAGGAAUCGGACCUGCGGGUGCAAAAGGAGAGCCAGGCAUUCCCGGGCCAGACGGACGUCCUGGUGAAUCUGGAAUUGAUGGUCUCAUUGGAGCUAAAGGGGAUCCUGGGCAACCAGGCCGUCCUGGACCAAAAGGCCAGUCUGGACUUCCAGGACCAUCAGGAAAGCCAGUGAGUAUGAAUGUUUAUCUCAUCACUGUAUUUGAUUUGAUAAGUUACAAUGGUAAUCCAGGGCCUGUUGGGCUUCCUGGAGAAAUCGGAGCCACAGGACCAAAGGGCAUAAAAGGUCCUCUUGGGUCUUCAGGACCACCUGGACCUCCUGGAAAACCAGGUCCUUCAGGGAGCAUUCUAGGCUUGGAAGGCAGUGCCGAUUUCCUGUGCCCAUCCAACUGCCCAGCUGGUCCAAAGGGUCCACAAGGUCUUCAAGGGGUUAAGGGUCACAAAGGACGCCCUGGUCCACUUGGUGAGCCUGGACAACAAGGAAAACUUGGUCCAAAAGGAGAUGUUGGUAUUUCUGGAGAACAAGGAAUUCCAGGACCCCCGGGCCCACAGGGUAUCCGUGGUUUUCCAGGAAUGACUGGACCCAAAGGAGAAACAGGACCCACCGGAUAUAAGGGGAUGAUCGGAUCAGUAGGUGCAGCAGGGAAGCCUGGCGAGGAGGGGCCAAAGGGGCCUCCAGGAGAGCCUGGUGAGAAAGGAGAUAGGGGUGCUCGGGGAGUUAUUGGACAGUUUGGAGCAAUGGGACCAAAAGGAAACAACGGCCUACCUGGUAUUGACGGCAAGGAUGGUACCCCAGGUGUUCCUGGAUUAAAGGGUAGCCCUGGCCAAAAUGGCAUCCAUGGUUCUCCUGGCCAUCAAGGGUUACCAGGUUUACCUGGUCAGUCAGGCAGUAAAGGAGAAAUUGGACAAAAGGGAGAGCCAGGCUCUCGUGGAGAACCAGGAUUCACUGGAGCACCUGGAAAGCAGGGAGAGAUAGGUCCGCCUGGAGAAGCUGGUCCCAGGGGCAUUGUUGGAGUAAAGGGGGACCGUGGUGAAAGAGGACCAGUUGGGCCUGUCGGAGUGGAUGGGAAAGUCGGAGCAAAAGGUGAACAGGGUCCUCCUGGCAUACCAGGACCACAGGGUAUUCCUGGAGUAAAAGGAGACAAGGGCUUCCCAGGAAAGGUUGGAGGAAAGGGCGACGUGGGUGAUCCAGGAGUUGAAGGUCUAGCUGGAGAGAAAGGAGAAAAGGGUGACUCUGGUGAACCAGGCCCCAAGGGCCAGCAAGGUGUACAUGGAGAACUUGGUUAUACAGGACCAACAGGAGAUCCUGGCCAGUUUGGAAUACAAGGUCUUGCAGGCCUACCAGGUCCAAGAGGACUUAAUGGAGAGAGGGGUGUCCCUGGGAUGCCUGGACGCCCAGGAGUUCCUGGAAGAGAUGCAGGAGAUCAGCACAUAGUCGAAGUUGUUCUGAAAAUGUUGCAAGAGCAACUAGCAGCAGUAGCUGUCAGUGCCCAGAGGGAAGCCCUUGGUGGAGCUGGAAUCAUGGGACCACCUGGACCUCCAGGUCCAGCAGGGCCACCUGGAGAACAGGGAGAACAUGGACCACAUGGGCCUCGGGGUAUCCCUGGCAUUCUGGGUGUUAUGGGCCAAAUUGGAAAUACAGGACCUAAAGGUAAACGUGGAGAGAAGGGAGAUCAGGGAGAAACAGGCCGUGGACACCAAGGUCUUCCUGGACCUCCUGGAAUUCCAGGUCUCCCUGGCAUUCCUGGUCAGGCCAUUAAUGGAAAAGAUGGGGAAAGAGGCCCAGAAGGUGCUGCAGGACAACCUGGUAGACCUGGCUUGCCCGGACCAAAUGGUCUGCCAGGAUUUUGUGAAGCAGCAGCAUGUUUGGCAGCGUCUGCAUAUGCCCCAGCCUCUCUGACUGAACCUGGCACCAUCAAAGGUUAA